AGAAAACGCAAAAAACACCCUGUAAAACGGGAGCGAGAUUUUCAAACUCUUUCAACAAACGUACACGGUACCGGGUACACCCUAUUAUUUUUCACAACCUUCUGGCAAAAAGUGUUCGUUCGCACUACCCAAAAAAACGUCAAGCGAAAAUAAGCGAGAGAGAGAAAAAGCGCACACAAACAGACAUACGAGAGCUUCGAUUCUUCUCAUCCAUGGAUUCCCGUUUACAACGCUACAAAUUCGCUUGGAGAGCUUUCAUGGUUGCCAACUUUGGUCUCGGAGCUUAUAUUUUCACAAUGGCAAAAGUGAAAGAUGGAGGUUCGAAAAGUGAAAAACAUGUAGAAGCUCCACUUCCCGUUAUUACAAGUGAACCAGAAACCACACUAUUGGAGGAGCCAGAAAUUGCACCAACAACCCCCAUUGCUGAGCUUGUGAAGGUGCGUGAGCGAAUCCCUGAAGAUCAGCAACGUGAACUUUUCGAGUGGAUACUGGAAGAGAAGAGAAAGGUCAAACCCAGGGAUAGAGAUGAGAAGAGGAGGAUUGAUGAAGAAAAGUCGAUCCUUAAGCAGUUUAUACGUGCAGAAUCAAUCCCUUCUCUUUAGGCCCCUACACGAGAUCGUCACUUUGUUAAUCCUUUGAAUCUGAUUGCUGGGAUGCUGCAACUUGUCUAAGUUGUACAAGAAGUAUCGCAAAAGUGUGAGCCCAAUUUUUUGGGGAGCUCCAUUCAAUGGUUUAAGGGCUGUCUUAAUGGGUAGAAUAUUCAGUUAUGGCUAUGCAUUUCUGAUGCUAUUGAGUACAUGCUUUAGAUUUUGCGUUCUCUUACAGUGGAAAUCUGGUUAUUGCUAUGCGUUUCUAAUGAUGAAAGAAAUUUCUUGCCGAAGAUCGUCUUAUUUGUUCCUCAAAUUGGAGAAGGUAAUGAUGGAAAUCCAAAAUUGCAUGGAUUAGUUCACUUUUUAGAUGGAUUAGUUCACUUUUUAGAUGGAAAGCUACAAUGGAUGAACAAUGAAUCUGGAAAAGGUGAAGAUGAAAUCCUUUUGCAUGGGUGAGAUUUCCACAAAGGGAGGGAAUAAAAACAAACUCAUACAUGUGAGAUAGAAAUAGCACUAAUAAAAUGAUUCACAGUAUUUCCCCCCUCUAUAAGACUCUUAACUGUAUUAUCUCUCCCAUGGUUAAUGUGUUUCAUUUUCAUUGAGUUAGUACUUGUUUAUCUUGAAAGGGUCUUGGCUAUAACAUGUUACACUAUAAUUUGUUGUGUAACAACAUUGUUACACGUGUGAACUCUAUCAUGUCAAUGUAAUACUACUCUUUCACGUCAUUAUAAGUGAGUUUUAUGACAUUAUUUUAGCAAACUCA